AUGCAGCAAACGCAUCAGUUUGCUAAAACCGUCGAACUGGCAAAGCGUUCCCUUAUCGAAGACCAGACCCUCAGCAAAUCGUCCAGAAAUAAACAACAACGCUCGUAUAGCCGCGCAGACGACCUUAUCCAACAUACACAACAGUUUGCUAAAGUCGCCGAACACCAGCUUCGAGAUGCUGAGAACGCGCGAUCCGCGCUCGAAGAGCAAGAGCAAGUAGCGCCGGAUAGUCAACUGUCCGACGAGGAUGGGUUAAGCGCCGAGGAUAUCCUGGCCCGGCGACAAAUUGAGGGAGACAUAAAUAUGGCUACGUCUGCGGUAGCUUCGCAAACCAAUCGAGGGCCAGGACAACGGCAAUCUUGUGGCAAGUGCCGCAAACCAGGGCAUAAACGUAAUAGAUGCCCGCUUAAUCGUGAUGAUAAUAAUAAUUAG